GAAAUAUUUGGAAAAGUCAUCCUACCACAGUUGGUUGGCCCUGUAAUGUUGUUUUUUUUGUGUCUUCCGCUGCCUGCUGUCCCUUAAACAAGUACCAAGGGUCAAACGUGAUCCACAUUUCUCAGUCCCUUUCAGUCACUUCAGCUUGAAGAUUCCAAUGUCACCUUCUUUCCGGCUUCUUACUGACAAUAUUUGACGAUAAGCGUAGAGAUAUGGCACCAAUCCGUGCUGGUUUUAUCAGGCUUUCGUAUAAUCGGGGCUGGGCACGAAAUCUCACUUCCCAUGCCUUGAUGCUUCAGAUGACUCCCAAACCACCUGCAAUCUACAAUUCCACCCCUGAGUGCGCUCAUAAAGCCAUAGAGGAAUACGAACUUCUCUCCAUUUCCAAACUCCACACCCCCAAACUCGCUAUCGUAGGUCUUCAAAGGCGCUUCUCCCCCGUGAUCCAAAAGAGCAAGGAAGUCGUUGACUCGGAAAUGCUGGUUAAGGUACUGAGUAGUACGUUUACAGGCCAGGCGCAGUAUGGUGGCGGCACGGUGGUGAAGGGGUUCGAGCACAGUUUGAAGCUGGAGAGUGGCGUGGCAUUGUACCGGCCUAACGCUCGCCCUAGCUCGGCUCCAUAUGCUGCUUUCCGCCAGGCUGUCGAUAGAAGGCUGCAUUUUUAA